AUGAGGAAAUACCAGCCUUCAAAGCCCCAGGCCUGCUAUGAAAUAGCAAAGCCAAUGGUCCCAGGGGACGCUGAAGGUUUGGCUGGCCGCGCCAGGAGCUGGGCAGCAAAAAGGAGGCGUAAGAAAAUUUGCCGCAAAGAAAAUGAAGCUCCCGUUCAAGACCCGGAGGAGGGUACGACCAAGGGGCCUCCGGAGGAGACGUCACCUCACGUGGUGGCCGACAUGAAGAAGAGAAUUGACAGUGUGGGGUGCCUGGAAACCGCAGAGGAGGUGAAGGGGCAGGUCCGGGAGGACCUGGAGGGCCUGAGCCAGCGGUACGAGGAGAUGGAGAAUACCAAGACAUGGCUGCAGCAGGAGCUGGACCACCAGCGCCAGAGGGUGUGCAACCUGCAGGAGAAGCAGAAUAAGUUUGACCAGCUCCUGGCAGAGGAGAAGACCAUCUCUGCCAAGUAUGCAGAGGAGCGUGACUGGGCCAAGGCCGAGGCCCGAGAGAAGGAGACCAAGGCGCUGUCGCUGGCCCGGGCCCUGGAGGAAGUAAUGGAGCAGAAGGUGGAGCUGGAGCGGCUCAACAAGCAGUUCCACAUGGUGAUAGAGGACAUCAGGAUCUCCAAGGGCCAGAGCGUCUAUAAGCUGAAGUCCAAGCAGGCUCUGAAGCAGCAGGUGGAGGAGAUGGAGACCCAGAUGGAGGAGCUGGAGGAUAAGCUGCGGGACACUGAAGACGCCAAUCUGCAACUGGAGGUCAACCUGCCGGCCAUGAAGGCCCAGUUUGAGCGGAACCUGCAGUUCCGGGACGAGCAGAUUGAGGAGAAGCAGCUGCAGGUGCGGGAGAUGGAGGCAGCGCUGGAGCACGAGAGGAAGCGGCACUCCAUGGCAGUGGCCGCCCGGAAGAAGCUGGAGAUGGACCUGGAGGCUCACAUCGACUCGGCCAACAAGAACCAAGAUGAAGCCAUCGAGCAGCUACAGAAGUGGCGGGCUCAGGUCAAAGACUGCACGCGUGAGCUGGAUGACACCCGCGCCUCUCACGAGGCGAUCCUGGCCCAGGCCAAAGAGAAUGAGAGGAACCUGAAGAUCAUGGAGGCCAAGAUGAUCCAGCUGGAGGAGGAACUGGCAGCCGUGGAGCGUGCCAAGCGCCAGGCCCAGCAGGAGCGGGACGAGCUGGCCGACGAGAUUGCCAACACCCACGGCAAAGGAGCCCUGGCAGCCCUAAUCGAGGAGCUGGAGGAGGAGCAGGGCAACACGGAGCUGAUCUAUGACCGCCUGCAGAAGGCCAACCUGCAGAUCGACCAGAUCAACACUGACCUGAACCUGGAGCACAGCCACGCCCAGAAGAUCGAGAACGCUCGGCAGGAACUGGAGCAGCAGAACGAGGAGCUCAAGGUCCAGCUGCAGGAGGUGGAGGGCUCUGUGAAGUUAAUGUACAAGGCCUCCAUCACUGCCCUCAAGGCCAGGAUCGCACAGCUGGAGGAGCAACUGGAGAAUGAGACCAAGGAGCGCCAGGCAGCCUGUAAGCAGGUGCGUCGGACAGAGAAGCAGCUGAAGGAUAUGCUGCUGCAGGUGGAUGAUAAGCCGAGGAACGCCGAGCAGUACAAGGACCAGGUGUGGGGACCUGCCGUUUGCCCCGACGAAUGCUCGGAUGAGGAGGUGGAUGGCAAAGCGGAUGGAACUGAGGCCAAACCUUUGAAUAAGCCUCCUCUCCUGCAGCCUGAGACACAUGGACAGGCGGACACUGCAGCCUCCCCUUCCCAGACCCUGCCGCACACCUCCCUCGACCUUCUUGGGACUGUUAUGAACGUGCCUCCCACCCCCAUCCCGUCUCCCUCCAGGCCCGAGGGUAGUUUACCUGCACGGUAGAUGCAGUAUGGGUUAAAAAUCUGCCACCUGCACAGAUAUUUUUGAAAGCAGAAAAACAAAAAGUUUUCUUUUUUCCCCUUUCUACUAAUAAAAAAAAUUCUGAGGCUUUCUCACUGCCUUUCUUUAGAAGAGAGUAGCUCGUCCUCACUGGUCUACACUGGUUGCCAAAUUUACCUGUAUUCCUAACCGUUUUCUAUAUGCUGCAUUGAGACUUACGGCAAGAAGGCAUUUUUUUAAAAAGGAAACAAACUCUUAAAUCAUGAAGCGAUACGAAAGCUGCAUAUGCCUACAAGGACCUGAAUUCAAUUCAGGUCCCAGUUGCUGUCACAAAGGAGCGGGUGGAACUCCCGCCCUCCCCCCUAUUUUAUAUAAUAAAAGUGCCUUAACAUGUGUUGCAGUGGUCACCACUGCAGUAAACUGGUCUACAGAUGUUUUCCACCGUGUGUCACAAUAAACUGCCGUGUGCUA